AUGGAAGAGGAAUGGGAGAUAGAGCCAUUAGAAGAGGAGAUGGAGGGAGGUCUAGAGGAGAUGGAGGAGAAUGAGGAGGAGGAUGAAUCUGAUUUCGAGCUGGAGGACCUGGAGGAGGAGGAGGAGCACCUGUUGGAAGAAGUGGAGGAGGAGAAGGAGACAGUAGAGGAUGACGAGAGUGAGCAGGAAGUCGCAGCGAUGGUUGCAGGCCACAGGGACCCCUUGGAGCAGUUUGGGCCUGUGUUCUGGGGUCUUGUCCACUCCCUUCUACGCAGUUUGUCCUAUGAUGACCAUGUCCUGGUCUGGCCCCCUGACACCCGCCUGAUGGUCAGGCACAGCUCCCAGCCUCUCUCAGGCCCUGGAGAGGGUCCCGCACCUCCACAGGAGCAGGAAGACCUGGGAGAGGGAGGCAAGGCCUCGCAGGAAGAAGCAAGUGAUUAUCAAUACGAAGAGUCUGAUGAGGAGGUCCAAGAAGCUGAAGGUGAGGAGGACAGCAAUGAAAAACCAGAAGAAGGACCUGAAAAAGACCUGGACCCAGCAGAGGACAGCCUGGGAGAACCCAGCUGUCAAGCAUAGAAAGACAUGAUGGAGGAAGAAACAAUGGACUUGUCCCUCACGAAUUUGAGAUUUUCAGCUUCCCAGUAGCCAGUGGGAAUUUUAUCAACACUGGUUUUGUUCCAGAUUUCAUCAUGUGAA